GUACCACUGCACUCCAGUCUUGGUGACAGAGGGAGUAACCCCAUCCCCAAAACACACACACACACACACACACACACACACACACAUACACACACACACAAUUCCUCAUAUGUCAUCAUAAAAGACAGUUACAUUUUUCUGCUAAUAAUAGUAUCUAGGGGAUUCAGUUAAACACUUAUUGUUUGGUGAGUUGCCCUUGUUUCUUUUAGUCUCCAAGGCAGAAAGUCAGGCAUCUUGGGUUUCUUCCCCUGAAAACUGAGAAGACCAUGCCGUGACACCUCGUCCCCACCCCACAGGAGUCAGAGGAACCCCUUCCCCUGUUGGAAUUUGGCUCCUGUGAUGUUCCAAAAGGUCUCUCACCUCUGACACCUUUGUUGUGAGUCAUCAAAUCCUUUUGUGGUCACCAGAGUCCCUCAGAGUAGGGGGCAGGAUCUGAGCUUCUCUAACAGGCUAGAGAAGGGAGAAGGGUUUCUAGGGGGUUGCAGGGAGUCCAUAUUCUAGUCCCACCUAAAAGUAGUGCCUACCUCCUUAAUUCUGCACCAAGUCAGAUUCCUGCCUGCUUCUCCUGCCUUUCACACAAAUGCUCUUAGAGUAAAUAUGUGGGAAGGGGGUGAGAGGGAAACAGGCCCCUCUCUGAUACAGGCCCUAAGUUUGAAAUUCCCUUCUUACUGGGUGGAUGGAGUUCCUAGAAAAGUUUUGGGAUAGUUUUCCACAGGAAAUGUGCAGAAUGGGGAUGGGGAGGCGAGGACUCCAGAAAGACCACAGUAACAAGCCCUCUCUGUCCAAAAACAAGUCUCCUUGUAUCAGUCACUAGAAAUCAGAUCCAACAACUAAGCUAGAAUUCCCUCCCUCUACCGGACAGUGCUCCCAAACAUGACCAUCUUCCUUGCUCACCACGCCUGAACAGCAGAUAGGAAAAACAGAGGCCCAGAGAGGUCAAGCUAACAUCCUGGGAGUCACACAGCAUCGGAACCGAGGUUAGAACUCAGGAGUCUCUGGCGCCUCUUGGGAAAAUUGCAGCUGGAGCUCCCCCUUGGCCCUGGAGACUCCCGUGGGCUGAGAGCUUGCGGUCCUGACCAGCUGGCGGUGGUGGCCCUGCGCCCUGGUGCCAGUGAGGCGUCUGGGUCUAGCAGUCACCUCUGGGCACUGCCUGGCUGGGAGGACAAUCUGGGAGGGGAUCUUAGGGGCAGGGGCAGGGAGGUGGCAGCUGCCGGUAGGGUUGGGGGAGAGAUAUUUUUAGAGGUGACUAGGAAGCCAGCACUCUGGCGCACCCCCAGCUGGCGGGCGCUGGGCUCCAAUGCGGGCGGGGGGUGCGCGGCUGGGGAGGGGUAUUGUGGGUGGCAGGGAGCAAGGGGACACCAAUUCCUUGGCUUUGCCAGAGUCGAGGACGGAGGGAUACCCCAGCACUAUGUUCCUGGGUAGGAGAGAGAAGGGCACUCACUCCUGAGCUCCAGAACUCCCCCACUGCCACGCGCGUGAAGGAGCGCCUUCAAACUCCACAGCCCCCACCCCGCGCCGGGACCCCAGCCCUCCCCUAUCUCCCGGAGCCCAGGACUCACGUGGGGGCGGCGGCGGCAGAGGUCUGUCCCGGCUGAGUUUGGUGUGUAAGAAGUGGGGAAGGGGGCUAGCUGAGGUAUUGGGGCGCUGGAUGGAGCAAGGGGUGCUUACGGGAAUUGGAGGGGACGCGGUGUCUUAUCCACCCCCGGAUUUCUGGGCUCCGGCUCACGAGUCCCUCCAGUCCCGAGGGACUGAGGACGAUGUGCGUCUGAGCCGUCCCCUCCACUUGCCCCCCAUACCCCCGGGCAGCCGCCGCGUCCCCUUUAAAUGCCCGGGAGCCGGAGCCGGAGCCGCGGCCGGCGCUGCGGCUGCCGCAGCAGCGGAGCCCACCGCAGUCCCCACACGUCACAAGCGACUGUCCAAUCACAGAGGCGCCGGCGCACAUCAAAGAGGCGGGCCGCCCGAUGCCACGCCUCCCUCCUCCCCCGGAGGCUCCUGGAGCGCCAGCGAAGAUGAGAAACAGGAGGAACAGGAUGUAUAUAAUUUGCCCAAGGUCACAGAGCCAAGAGGUGGCUGAAGCCAGAUUUGAACCGAGGCAUUCAGCUAAGAAACUGCAUUCUUAAGCAAAACAUCACAAGACCUGCCCUAAAGAAAGUGUUCCUGCCUCCUGCGAGGCAAGGUGAUGCCCUGGGGGAAAAGAAGGAGGAGAAAGGCUUGUAUUCUUAAAUUAAGUAUUUUCUUUAGGGAUCGCACCUUUUGACCGACUAAGGUUGAGAAUUUCUUGAGUUGUGGCUUAGAGAACAGUCUGACUUGCAAUCAGAAUAGCUGAGUUUGAACU